UUUCUUGGCUUAAUUGGUAAUCAUUUUAAAUUCAACAACCCUGAAAACGUUUGACAUAUAGGAAUGAAAAGCUUGGAGUCAUUUCGAUGGAAAUGUUGUAUUUUUUAACGUUUUGCUUCAUAACAGGCGUGUGUUCUACCGCACCGUACGAAAGGAGGUUGGUCGAGGAUUUGAUAUCCAGCCGUCAGAGAAGACCACCGGAAAGUGCGAAUAAGUCGUCUUUCGCUACUAUAAGCAGUGUUACCUUUAACUUUAGAUUGGUGGAAGUCUUGACACUAAUCUAUGUGAUCGACAUCAAACGACAGGUCUUCUACUACUUUCUGUACCUUAUCACGCCAUGCAUGCUGGUAUCGUUGUUGACAACAGUGCUGUUUGUGCUUCCACCUGCAAGCGGGGAGUUGAUGGUUGUGGGGGUAACGCUUCUGCUGUCACUGACAGUUUUCUUCUUACUGGCGUCUACCCAUAUUCCAGAAACGUCUGAAGUUGUUCCACUAAUCGGGAGGUAUUACUCGCUGACAAUCAUUCAGAUUUCAUGCUGUCUGGUUCUCUCUUGUUUUGUCCUACGAAUGCACCAGGCCUCAUUUGGUUCCGUGUCACCCUGGUAUAGAAGGUUCGUGUUCAGAUACCUAGCAAAAGUUGUCCGCAUUAAUGUACCAAAGGAAUUCCUUCAAAUUGACGAAAAAGAAACAACUUCACAAUCUGAUGAGAAUCCUUCAAGCUCUCCAAAUGGACUUCAAAUGCUUGCUGAACGUUUUACUCAAAAGGAAAAGAGCGAUAAAAGGCAAACUGCAUUCACCAAAAAWGGUCGAACCUUUUCCUUUCUAAAUUCCAAGCUGAUCAAUGAAUAAAAAAAGCAAGCAAGUYAGGKAAACUGUCAGGAGGAGCCGACGGGGUCUGUUCUUGUACGAAUUGCUUCCUGGGUAAGCGAAUGAUUUGAUCAUUUAACUUUUACAUUACACAGCAACAUGACGCACGCUAAUCAGACCCGAACAAUAGCGAAUUUGGACCACAACCAGUAAUUUCAUUAAAAAAAAUCAAUAGAUAUUAUAUAAAUUUGCACGUUAGUCCAAUUGCAUUAGUCAAUUGAAACCCCAUGACUGGGGAACUCGAGUAUUUUAAGUUUAAACUUUAAAUGUUAAAGUAUUUUAACUAGUCCGCACGUAAUUUCUCACGCUUUCCCUUGGAUAAAUAUUGGCUGCUAAAACAGUUCAACAAGAUGUCUGCAUUAAUUACAUUUAUAAAUGAAACUAGAAAUCGUAAUAACUGCACAGCAGUUAAAAAAUUUUAAUGCAUUGUUUACAAUUCUAUAAUUAAAUGUGUACGUAGUAUACCCCUUCGAAACAUGUCAUCCCUUUUAUGGAGGGGUUUAUAUCUAGGUUUACACUCUAAGUUAAACUAAGUUACCCGCAUUUAUAAAGAUUAUGAGCACCCARAUUACGAAUAAAACAUUAUCUUGAAUGAG